AUGGGCCUCACCCUCACAGAUCUCUGCGCGAUCCUCUUAAACGUCGCGCUCGCCUUGUUACUCCGCAGCCGCCUGAAGGAGAAAAAUAAUUUACCGUUCCCUCCAGGCUCCGAUAUCAUCUACUUGGAAGGUCCAGGACUUUCUCUUAUCGUGCUUAACUCAGUCAAGAGCGCGACCGACCUCCUGGGAGAAAGGUCUGCGAUCUACUCCAGUCGGUCUGCUUUGCAUGGGAUUGUCGUGGCUCAUGUCCUCUCUACCCUAUGGGAAGUCAUGGACGGAGCGUUGCCGGAUAUUCUAUCAACGCUUCCUUCCACCCCUCCGAUAGUGCCAUUUAUAGACCACGACAGCUUGCCCAUGUGCACAAAAUGCUUUUACAGCUCGUAA